AUGGGGGACAUCCCACCUUGCGCGACGAUCUACGUCAACAACCUCAACGAGAAGACCAAGAAGGAUGAGCUGGUCAAGUCGCUGCAGGCCAUCUUCGGGCAGUUCGGCAAGAUCAUCGACAUCGUCGCGUCCAAGUCCUACAAGCUUCGCGGGCAGGCGUGGGUCGUCUUCGCCGACGUCGCCUCCGCCACCGCGGCGAUGCGCGCCAUGCAGGAGUUCCCGUUCUACGACAAGCCCAUGCGCAUCGCGUACGCGAAGACAAAGUCGGACGCCACGGCCAAGGCGGAGGGCACGUUCGAUCCCAGCGCCAGGGAUCCCGAGAUGAGGGCCAAGCGCAAAGCCGAGUCUCAAGCCGCGGAGAAGGAGAGCCAGGCGGCCAAGGCGGAGCGGGACGCGGCGUCGGGGGUGACGGCGAAGGUCCGGACGGACCCGUCCGCGCCCCCGAACGAGAUCCUGUUCGUGCAAGGUUUGCCUGGGGCGACGACGGCGGCGAUGUUGUCGAUGCUGUUUCAGCAAUUUCCGGGGUUCAAGGAGGUGCGGAUGGUGGAGGCCAAGCCGGGGAUCGCGUUCGUGGAGUUCGAGACGGACGCGCAGGCGUCGGUGGCGCUGUCGGGGCUGCAGGGGUUCAAGAUCAACCCGACGCACUCGAUGACGCUCGCGUUCGCCGCGAAGUGA